AUGGAGAAAGACGCGCAGGCCGCUGAAGCUCUAGCCGCAACCUCAACUGGCAAGGCCGCGCUGGACUACGCAAUUCAAGCCGCCGAGCUAUAUAUGCGAGCCGCGAGCAGUACCUCGAAUAGGCAAGAUGCGGCUCGUUUUCGCCAGAGAUGCAAGACGCUCAUCGCCCAUGCGGAAAAGCUGAAAACAGAGCUGCCAAAAGCGCCACCGGGACCGAAUGGAUCCGACAUCUUGCGCCAAUCGUCAUUGUUGCACGGGAAUGAAUUCCCGCCAUGGGAAAAGGAUCCGUCCGACGCCGAGUUCCAGCACCAGUCGGGACAGCAGCUGUUCACUGACGAGACUAGAUUCAGCCUGUCACCAAUCCAAACGGAAAAUUUCGCAUCGUGGCAGAGGCCACAAGACCUAUCCCAUCUCCUGGACGAUGGCGACCUUUACGCUCUCAUGAGACCCUCGCAGAGUUGUAACUUGGUUCAAGACGUCACAACGGACUGCUCCGUCGUAGCCAGUCUUUCUGCGGCAAUCGAUAUGCUUACAGGAAAGCACUCGGUGCUCGCUUCCAUCAUCCACCCAUUUGACCAUGACAAUGGCCACCCCAAGAUAUCAGCCUCUGGCAAAUAUGUUUUUCGCAUGAAUUUCAACGGCUGCUGGAGGCGUGUCGUCAUAGAUGACCGACUACCCGCCUCGAGAACUGAUAGGACACUUUUCGUCGUGGACAGACGGAAUCCCCGCCUUAUCUGGCCAGCGCUCCUGGAAAAGGCAUAUCUGAAAGUGCGCGGCGGUUACGAUUUCCCAGGCAGCAACUCCGGCACUGAUUUAUGGGUACUAACGGGCUGGAUCCCUGAGCAGCUCUUUCUCCAAAGAGAAGACUUUGACGUGAGCACAGCCUGGAGGAGGAUCAAAGCCGCCCAUGAAACACAAGACGUGGUAGUCACUCUCGGAACCGGUCGCAUAUCUGCGGAGGAGGAGGAAGUCAUGGGCUUGGUCGGGGAACAUGAUUAUGCUGUCCUCGACAUGGACUCGUCUGACGGCCUACGAAAGUUACUGAUAAAGAACCCCUGGUGCAACGGACCGGUAUGGACUGGCGCGGGUUGGUCCACGCCGCAAAAAUCCCCGAGGGCUGCGAGCCAGUACGGGGAAAUCUCUGGUCAUAAACCAGAGCUACCCUCCUCGGGUACACUGUGGGUUGCGUUUGAAGACGUGGCACAACAUUUCGAGUCCAUGUACUUGAACUGGAACCCGAAACUCUUUCCGCAUCGCCAAGACCGGCAUUUCAACUGGAGGACACCGCCAAAGCAUCUUGCCGCAUCGCUGGUACGCAACGUGCAGUACUCCAUUACCUGUCCCAGAGGCGGACUCGUUUGGAUACUAGUCAGCCGCCACUUUGUCGAUCAAGAGUUGGCUAUUAUGCGGAACCGUCGAGGCUCCAUGGCCGCCGUGGCCGAGCAGCUUGGGUACAUGAGCAUUCUCAUCUUCGAGACUAGAGGUAAACGAGUACAGACUAGCGAGGGUCAGUUGUAUCGAGGCCCUUACGUCGACUCCCCACAAACCCUGGCUCGACUGGAGGCCGAACCGGGCAAACAGUACACCAUUGUCCUGGAUCAACAAGAGCUUCCGCUCAAGAGCUACAACUUCACACUCACCGUUUUCUCAGAGCUCCCCGUCGAGCUACGCGAGGCGCAAGAAGAAAUGUCACACUUCAAAGAGAUCGAUGGCAAAUGGAGUCGACGAACAGCAGGAGGCAACUCGUCCCUCUCCACCUACUUCAUCAAUCCCCAGUUUAAAAUCUCGACGACACGAACCGGGCCCGUCUCUAUUCUGCUAACCACAGGCGACCAGGACGUUCACGUGCACGUCGACCUAGUCUGGGCGUCGGGGAAGCGAGUGACAUCUAUUCGUGUAAAAGAUCUGGCGGGAACAUCUGGCGAAUACAGGCAAGGAUGCGCCGUCGCCAACAUACCCAAACUCGACGCGGGCAUUUAUACCCUGGUCUGCUCGACCUUUGAAGCGAAUCAGAUUGCAGACUUUGCCCUCAGAGUAUCAUCCACCGCAGACGUCGAGCUAGAGCUCAUCCCGGCCGAUGCCGCUGGUCGUCUGCGCAGCUCCCUCACGCCAUUGGCUCUCACCGAGCGAGAGGAGCGUAUGCGUGCCCAGAUCCAAGUGUCCUGGCUUACCCGAGGCAGUGUUUGCGUGCGCAGCGUCGGCCCGAAGAGCGCAAGAGACGAGGUCGUACGGCACCCCUCUUCGCUCAUGAUCCGAGUUUCUGUUGUGCAUGGCUGGGGUCCCGAGCAGCUUGUCGUUGCCGAGUCUGGUGACGGCGAGUUCGUCGAAUCCACGGCGGCACUGCGGACGCCAGAGUUUGACCUUGAGCCAGAGCGGACACACUCAGGGCAGAUGUGGCUUGUUGUUGAGACAAUUGGAGUGCACAAUGCAUCCACAUCGCUUGAAAUGGAUAUUUUCAGCGAUUCGCCCGUCCGAGUUGGAGCGUGGCAGAGCUGGUGA